AUGGGUUGUGGGUCGUCAGGUCAAGUUAUUCCAAGUCAUGAUACUUGCAACGACGGACCUAAAGCCAUAAACGGCAAGAGCGUUGGAAAUGGUCACCACUAUGACGACGACCUGCCGACUGUCGUGUUACCUGAAACCCCAGUUAAACCAAAACCACCAUUGGCCUUCGAGAUUCCUCUAGAAGAGUUUCAAGGCAACCGAGGGGCUGCUGUUACGCCACCACCUCACGUCCAGCGAUUGUUGCAGCCUCCUAAUGCUGAUAUUAGUUUACCUGACAUAGAAGAGAAGUUGGCUGAAGCAGAGCAAAGAAGACAGUCGAAUUCGGAGACUAACAAGCGCGGAUCUAAUACCUUAACCAUCCCACCAGAACCAGGAUUGUGUGAAGAUAAAAACAUAUGA